CCUCCUCCACAGUUGGUUUCUUACUUGGCCAAUUGCCAUUAAAAAAAUAUCAUUUCUCAUUGUUUUAGUUAGCCUGCGAUCAUCCGCCGGGCUCUCACUGCUCUCACUUUUCCAACCCUGAACAGAGCAUGGUUUUCCCAGGUUGAUCUCUUAUGUUAUAAGUUUUAGAAAAUUAUGCGUUUGUUGGUGCCUGGUUUUGGGCUUUGCGUUUCUAAUCAAACGGAGGUGGUUGGUAAUUUCUGCUUCGGAUUCCACUCGGGAAUUGGGUUUCUGGGGUUCGGAAUCUUGUGGACAUGACGAUGGGUCUCCGGGAAGUUCGCGCCUGGACUUUGGCCGGGCUUGUGGCGGCUUUUGUUGAUCUUGCUAUUACCUAUUCCCUCCUCUGCUUGUCCGCUUUUGCCUUCCUUCCCUCUAAAUUGCUGGGCGUUCUGGGGAUUGGGUUUCCUUGUCCUUGUUGCGGCUGGUUUGGGUACCGUAAUACCGACUUUUGCUUGUAUAUGCUGCUGAUUAAUUGGCCGAUUCAGAAGAUCCUUUUUGUUCAGGAGCUGGUGAAGAGUAGGUUCCCUUUUGAUUUGGUGUGCUGUAAUGAACAUGAUUGCUGCAGUUCGCAGGCCGAGGGAGUUAGGGAUGAAGGGAAAUGUCGAAAUGGGGUUGCUGAACUGGAGGGAGAGGCAGUUUCCGGUCUGUUUUUGGGUUCAAAAUUGGCAAACGACGAGAGUAGAUGUGAUAAUGCUAAGGGCAGAAAAUUUGCGAGUCCGAAGCAGAAGUCUGUUGAAAGGAGGCGGCGAAGAGCUGCAAUAAUCGCACAUCAGAAGCAUUCCACUGGUCUUGCUUCUAACUUCAUUAGCCGCCCCACUGCUGGCCAGUGUGGUGAAAGCUGCAGCCUGGAUCUUGUAAACGGAGCACAACAUCGUCAUCGAUUGGGACUCCCGAAUGCUCCGACUGUCAUGGGUCCUGCUGAAAAAUUGAUGUCUAGUUUUAAUCUUGUUGAACCAAGUGGAAAGGGGAAAAGACCCAGUGAGAUGGCUUCAUCAUCAGCUGCUGAGAAAUCUGUUACUAUAGCUGAAGAGGUAGUAGCGGACAGCAUGGUAGAACACUUGAAUACUAUCAGAAAUCUGGAACAAGCACUUGAAGAAGAGAAAACCGCUCGUGCUUCCCUUUACCAAGAACUAGAGAAGGAGAGAGCAGCUGCUGCAAGUGCCGCUGACGAAGCAAUGGCCAUGAUAUUGCGGUUGCAAGAAGAGAAGGCGUCACUGAAGAUGGAACUGAGGCAGAGUCAAAGGGUGGUGGAGGAAACGUUUGCCUAUGAUGAAGAGGAGAUGAACGUGCUGCAGGAGAUCCUUAUCAGGCGGGAGAGGGAGAUCUAUUUCCUUGAGAAAGAAGUGGAAGGUUAUCAUCAGCAGUUGACCCCACCGACAAAUGUGGAGGUGAAUGGCGAUGUGAGUUACUAUAACUUGGAUAAGAGUCCAGUCUCACCGUUGACAUUCUCCAGGGAUGAUGACUCUCUGUCAGCGUAUGAGAAGGAAGUGGAAAUAAGGGCAAAUUUGUCAUCAAUUUGUGAAAGAGUCUCUAGGUUACAACCUGUGGAAGAAAUAGCGUCAAAUCCCAAGGGUUUACCUUUCAAUUUACCUCCUGUACCAGAAGAGUUCCAGCAGUGGAAAGAGGAAGUGGUUGGGGAGGAACUAGAAGAAAAUGUUGAAAAUGUGAAUCGAAGGGACAGUGAUACGUUCAGUUCCGUGGCUGAGACAGAAUUGACUGUGUACGAUGUUCACGUCAUAGAUGAUGCGGCAAUGCAUAGUAAUGGUAGAAGGGGAACAAUACCCACCAGUACGUAUGUUGAGCAUGCUGGUGCUUGGAGCAGUAAGUCAUCAUGUGUUUCUUCUCCAAGAAUGAGCAUGGCAGAGAUUAAGGGCAUUGACGUGCAGAGUCCUGCUGGCAUUGAUGGCAAAAGAUCAAAGUUUGACUCAGAAGUUGGACGGCUCCAGCAAAGGUUGCGAAUCUUGCAACAGAAAGAGAAACUAACUUUCUCUGCGGAGAACAGUGAGAAAUUUAGUGCCCAUUUGAAAAUGAUGGAGGAAAUUCUCAACCAUACGACAGGUUCAACACCUUUAGAGAACCAGCAAGGCAAGCUUCUUUCCCUCCUGAGUCGCCUAAGGUUUCCCUAA